UCAACUCUUGCCCAACUUGAAAUGGCCUGGUACAUGAUAUUUGCUGAGAGACCUUCCAUUUGCAGGUGCUCCAACUUAAAGUACUGAGCAGCUUGCACUGGCCUGCUGGUGGUGCAUUGUGGGACUUGCAGUCUUUUAGCCAAAGCCAAGUGAGCUGAUCUGAUGAGGAACUGAAAUGAAACUGGAAAAAUGCAAGGAGGGGCCUCAGAUCCUCUAAAAAGUGUCAAAAAGUGCUGCGACUAAGUGAGCAUUACGCUGAAGAUGAAGUUUUCCUUUGUCUUGUUUCUUUUAUUAGAUAUCCCUUAUCUAAAAGGGCAGCAGAAGAUCGAGGAGUUUCAACAUGUUCUUCUGAAACUCACAUUCCCUUCAUAUUACAAUAGUUACAACAAGUCCUGCUGUAAACUCUACCCAGGAGGAUGCUACAAGCUGCUGGACAGUGCAGGAUUCACUUGUGAGUUACUGAAAGGAAGAGUUACGACAACUGAGAAAGACGGCUGGAUAGAAUUUAAAAUAUCAAAUGUGCGCUUUGUGGACGGAGGAUAUUACAGAUGUAUUGUGCUGGGAACUCAGAACCGCAUCUACAGUGAUUACUAUGUCGAGGUGUCUGAGGUUUCUGUUCAGCACAGCCAGACUCAGCCUUUACUGACAACAACUGUCAAAAACCCCAACAACUCCACAAUGCUCCCAGGCUCCUCUUGGCCUGCUCUGGCACAGGACCACAGUGACAGGGACAGAGUUCCAUGGAGUUUGGGCCUGCCACUAGCUGUCAUUGUGUCCAUUGCAGUGAUGAUUUUGAUCACUUCAAUUAUUGGUGUUGUUUGCUGCAGAGUCGAGGCAAGACGUAAACAGCCGGAAACUCUAUGUGAGUCACUGAAACCAGAAGCCCCGGACACGAGCGGCAUAGUCUACACAACAGUGGACUUCAGAGCUCACCUGAGACCAACAGAGGUGUAUGCAAACCUGAGGAUGCACCAAACACAAGCGGGAAGCCCCGACUCGACCUGGAGCGCAGAGCCCAAUGGGAUGGUGGAGUACUCCACACUGGCAAUCCACCAGUGAAUCCACCUGUGAGAAUCUAGUUCAUUUCUGAUUUUAAUGGCACCGCUUUUGUUUUUUCAAUUUACUAGUCAUGGUUAGCACUACUUAGACAGUACAGAGUUUGAAAGGGAUUUAUCAGGCAGACAGGAGCUAACAAAAACAUGCAUUUGGUUGCAUUAUGGGAAAUGUACUGUAGGAUCCAGCAUUUGUUGGAGCUUGACCCAUAUUAGGGACUAACAAUGAACUAUUCUUUUGUCUUUAGUGAGUCUCUAACUUUAUGGAGGUGCAAUAUUAAAUCACUGAACUACA